UCCUCGCACCAAUCUCAUAUGUGCUGAAAAACAAUCUCAACGUUCACAUUAAUUAAAUUUAAGAUUUAUCCUUUGAUUCCUUUAUUAAUAAAAUGUCUUUCAAACUUGUAAAAUUAACUGUUUUUAUUGGUGAUUGUCCAUAGAUUGUGGUGUCACGACUUUAUUUAUGGGCAGUCCCUCAGGUGCACCGCGAAAGAAAAUUUUUGGACUUAGUGCGCCGCAACUCGAAAAAGGUUGCCUUACGCUGCUGUAGAGACUGGUUUAAGUGACAGGUGGGAGGCAAGACUGUGCCUGGACCCCAUGCCUGUGCAGGUGGUCUUGUGGGCUUUCAGUCACAGGCUACAUGGUGGUGUUGCAUUUGUUCAUGGACUUGGUACCCCCUCCUGGAUGCAUUUACUCAUGUGCUGGGUAAAGCUGAAAGAUGAAUUGACUAAGAAAUAUAUUUUUUUUUAUUUUGAUUUGAUACACUUUGUUAAUCCUUGAGGGGAAAUUGUCUUUUUGCAAGACCUUUGGGUGAUGAGAUGGCCAGGCAGCUUGUGUAACAAAAUUAAACAAAAUUAAAAGAUGCCAUUGCAUAUACAGACCGUCUACUUUAUAUCUUUCCCUGUGGGAUUCCACAAACUUCCACACAAUGCUGAGUCCAGCUGACUGGUCACUAUAGCAUGUUUUGGGGGUGCUUUUUUUUUUUGAACACUGUGGAAAUCCAUACUGGUACAUGCAAAAUGUGGGCAGUGGGUGAGCAGGCUCUGUCCAUGGCAUCACUAUGUGGCCCUUCAGCCUGACAGGAGGAGACUCUGGGGUGGCAGUGUCACAGAUCGGGAUUCUCACUAGCUGUGGCUUCUCUUUCAAACCUACAGCCAUGAGCCCCUGGAGCUGCCCACAGGUGAUGCACAGGAGGAGCUAUGCAGAUGGAGGCUACGGAUGGAUUGUGGUGGCCUCAUGUUUUACAGUGACGGGCCUCACAUCAGCCAUGAUCAAGUCUUUUGGGGUUUUCUUCUUCAACUUCCAGGAUUACUUCAAUGAGCUGGCCACCAGUAUCUCUUGGGUCAGCUCUAUUUGUGUGGCUGUCUUUCACCUGGCAAGCCCCAUUGCCAGUGCAUUGAGCAGCUGCCUCUCCCACAGGGCUGUCAUCAUGCUGGGUGGUUUACUGGUAAUGCUGGGAGCCUCACUGGGAUCAUUGGCAUGGAGCCUUAUGUGGAUGUAUGCCACCACUGGGGUGAUACUGGGUCUUGGCAUCUCCCUGGCAUGGGUCCCAGCACAGAGCAUGGUAAACCAGUAUUUCAGUGAGCGGAGGGCUCUGGCUAAUGCCCUGGCCAGCAGUGGUGAGUGUGUGUUCAUCUUCAGCCUCACUCCAGUAUUCCAAUGGUUCCUUACUGUCAUGAGCUGGCGAGGUGCCAUGCUCAUCAUUGCUGGCAUCCAGCUGAACGUGUGUGUGUGUGGCGCCCUCAUGAGGCCCUAUAAACGUGUGGACUCCAGACGUGGCACUAAAGGCCCUCUCCUUGACCUGUCUCUUCUUCGGCUGCCAGAGUUCAUCUGUACUGCCAUGUUUGGGCUCUUUACGGUCUUGGCAUUCUUUGUGCCCUCCAUUUACCUGAUUCCAUUUGCCCAGAGUAAUGGAGUGGAUCAACUGAGUGCCACAUUCCUUGUGUGUUACUGGGCCAUUACCGAUUUUACUGGGCGCCUUAGCUGUGGCUGGUUGGCAAACUUGGCAUUGGUCAAGAACAUCCAUCUGCUGGCGGUGAUGGUGGCUAUCCUGACUGUGGGUUUACUUCUCAUGCCUUCUGUCACCAGCUAUACACCCAUGGUGGCUCUCAGCUGCUUCUGUGGCUUCUUCUUUGGAGCCAUGAUGUCUCUCCUCAUCACCGUCCUCAUUGAUGUUGUUGGAGUCUCUAAAGUGGACAGCGCUCUUGGCAUCUCCAUGUUGCUCAGGGGAUUUGGGUGCCUGUGUGGGCCACCACUUUCUGGUCUCUUGGUGGACGCCACAACAGACUUUGGCAGCAGCUUCUAUCUGAGUGGAGGCAGCCUCUUUAUCUCUUUGGUGUUUCUGCUGUUGGCUGAUUUUUUCAUGAAGAGGAAUCGUCAGAAAUCAUCAGAGAGAACGUUGCCGGCAGAGAACUCGGUGUGAGGGCUAGUGGACUCUGGAUAUAUAAGAAGUGCAUGGGGAAGGCGCCAUAUAAAUAAAUUUUAUUAUUAUUAAGAAGUGCAGGGAUGACUCGGAGUGACUAAAUGUAAAGUACAGUUCCACUUGAAGAACCUGUCAUCAGGUGUUCAGGUUAAAGAUGUGUAGAGGUGCAGUUGUAUUUUUCCCAGCAGGAUGCAGUCUUGAGCUUGUUGGUACCAUUCAGUAGAAAUGCACUUUUAUUUCUAUUUAUGUUAUUCAUGUUAAUUGUAUGUUCUUUAAUUCU